AUGUCUCUGAAGGAGAUUUGCCUGCUGACAGCCCUCACGGCCAUCUCUCCAGCGUGGGCAAUUCUACAAUGUUCAACAUCCGAUAUUCAAGAAAUACUUCCUGGUGGAGCCACCGUCCUCAGAGCGGUCAGUCUAGGUCCAAACUCGACCUUUGGCGAUGUCAGCGAGGUGGCAUAUCCAAGAAAUUCAACGGGUCUCCCAGCCCUGUGCGCCUUAACAAUCAAUGUCACCAGCUCACCAACCAGCUCUUUUCGCUUCGGUCUCUACUUGCCCCAGGAAUGGAAUACUCGUUUUGCAGCUGUCGGCACCGGCGGUAUCGAUGGCGGCAUCAAUUGGCCCGCCAUGGGCCCCAUGGUCAAGUACGGCUUCGCCGUCGCCUCGACCGACACAGGCCAUAACAGCACCAACAGUUCUGCGACCUGGGCUUUGAGUGGUCCGGAGACCGUCACAGAUUGGGCCUAUCGUGCCGUCCACGGCUCAACUGUCCUAGCUAAGCAAAUCGUCAGCGCGUACUAUGCGGCUCCUAUCAAUUUCUCAUACUAUAACGGCUGUUCCACCGGUGGCCGUCAAGGCCUCGUUGAGGCAGUCAGGUACCCAGAGGACUUCGACGGAAUUCUCGUGGGUGCUCCAGCGUGGCAGGUCGAGAGGACUGUCGUAUGGCUGGUGCAGCAGGCUGCGUAUAACCUGCCCAACACUAGCGACCAUGCUAUCCCCGUGGCAAAGAACACUUUGAUCCGUGACGAGGCACUGAGGCAGUGCGACGGGGUCGACGGUGUUGUCGAUGGGGUCAUAUCAGCCCCUGAAAUUUGUGCCUUUCGACCAGAGACACUGCUCUGCCGGGGCGAGGAGGCCGAGAGUUGCUUGACGGCUCCUCAAAUUAACACACUCCACCUCCUAUACGGAACCAGAUAUGACGUCGACAAGCCCGUGGUCUAUCAUCCCUACGUGCUCGGCAGCGAAACAGAGUGGACGAGGUUUCUGCCGCCGAACGCCCCUUUGCCAAUGGCUACCAACGCUUUCCGUGACAUAUUCCUUCGCAAUGCCACCUGGGAUUGGCGGGACCUGAACUACACUUUGGCAGAGGAUGUCCUUAACAACCGCCAGAUAAAUGCCACUUUGACCACUUUCGACCUGGUACCGUUCGCGUCCCGAGGUGGCAAACUGCUUCACUGGCAUGGAUUGGCCGACGCCCUCGUCCCAUACACUAGCAGUCAGCAUUUUUACGAGCUGGUCUACGGCAAGGUAACCUCUGAAGGUGUGGAGAUGGACGGUUCCUACCGCCUAUUCCUCGUUCCGGGACUAGGUCAUUGCGCCCGCUCUGCGAACAACGCGCCUUGGUAUUUCGCUGGGGCGAAUCAACCUGAGUCCAUGGGAACCGGGGUGUAUGGCGUUCCAGGUUUCCGCGAUGCAGCGCACGACGGAGUCCUGGCUUUGAUGCAGUGGGUGGAAAAUGGGAUCCCACCCAAGUCUCUUGUUGUGACAAAGUUCGCGAAUGACACCAUAUCCUCAGGUGUAAAGAGCCAGAGGAAAGUGUGUCCAUAUCCAUCCCAAGCUCGACUGGUUGGACAGGAUGUCCACGUCGCCCAGGACUGGACUUGUUCGGUGGAGACAGCAUAA